AUGGCACACUCACACAGCUCAAUCAGCCGGCUAAAGCCGCCCUCGAGCUCGGACGACCCAAGAUCCGAGCAGCGCGGAAGAGUGCCCCUUCGCGGUGGAGUGUCCGGGGGACGGGGCUUGAAGGGCACGAUCAUGGAGGCUACUUCGGCAACACCAGCGCCUACACCCGAUGCGGCGGCAGCGAUCGACGCGACAGACCAGGCUCCGGCAUCAUCGUCGGGUGGGGGCGGCGGCGGCAACGACGGGCAUUGGGUCCUCGCGCUGGGGCUGGGAGCGGUCGUGGGUCUCCUCGUGCUGGGCGCGUGCUGGUGCUGCUGCUACGCCCGGUACCGGCGCAAGACAAGAGAGAAGAGCAAAAAGAGGGCGUCCCUAGCAGAAGCAAGGGCAGAAUCUACGAUGACGAUAGCGGCAGUUGUAGACGAAGAGGCGACGCCGGUGUCCGCACACCCGCCCAACAGGCCAUCGUCAUCGGGGGGGGGGGAGGAAGACGAUCUUCCCCCGGCGGCGGUCCCGCCUGCCGAGCAUGACGGUGCACCGCCGGCGACAGCGGUCGACGGAAACGAAGUACGCUCCGUCUUCGACAUCGAGAGCGGCAGGGUGGUGGUCUCCGCUGCUGCUGCCGCCGCCCCCGCUUCGUCAUCCUCGGUCCCGGCCACCUUCACGCCAGCGGCAGCCGCCGCCGGCGGUGGCGGCGGGACAUCGGCGAGCGGGGGCGUGGUGGCGCCGUCGUCUUUCCCUACGGCAGCGGGCGCCUCCUCCUCCUCCUCCGUCCUCUCUUCGGCCGCGGUUCUUGCCCUCGCGGGGCCGGAGAACUACGAGCAGUUCCCGCAGCCGUUCUCGUGCCUCGACGUGCCGGUCCGGCCGUACGAGAGGUCGGCCUCCCGGUCGAGCGCCGGCGCCGGCGCCGGCGGCAGUGGCAGCGGUUUUGGCGAUACGGAGGCCGGCGGUGGCCUCGAGCGGCAGGCCGACGGGGGGUUCAUGUCGAACGGAGGAGGGCAAGAGGGGGAGGAGUUCGGGGGCGGGAGGGAGGAGGGGUGGGCCCUGAGGGACGCCGUCGUUAUCGUGGCCGUGGCCUCCGCGGAGAUGAAAGCGCUUCAGAGGAAGAAUUCCUGCAGCGGGGGCGGCGGCGGCGGCGGCGGCGGCGGCGGCAGCAACCGUUCCGACUUCUGCCGCCGGCCCCGCUUCGAUACCGCUGCCGACGAGGGCAGCGUCGCUCGCGGCGGGCUCACCCCCGCCGCGGACGUCUACGACAACGACCACCCGAGCUUACCACGAAAAGACGGCAGGCUGGAGGCGGCUGCGAAGGCCGGGGGCGCGGCGGCGGCAGCAGCAUCAUCAUCAUCGACGGGACUGUCGGCGGGACUGUUCCGCGAUGAGACCCCCACACCACCUCCAGGGGGAGGCGUCACUACCCCUGGAAAGGACAGCGCGGGUGUGUGGAGACCAAGCGCAGGCAACAACCCCGCAAACUUUUGGCACAACGGCGCGGCGGGGGGCGGACUUAGCGCCGGUCCGCAAGCGGCGGCCGUGGCUCCCGUCGCCUCCACCCCCGUGCCGCCGACGCCGAUGUCGCUGCCCGGGCUCCUGUCCAUGUCGUUCGACAACAACAUGAUGGUGGAGGAGGGGCUCAGGCAGUCGCAGCCGAGGCUGUCGCCGCCCUCGGUGCUCGAGCGCUCGCAGGAGAGCAUCAUGAGCAGCUGCGGCGGCGGCAGCAGCAGCGGCGAGCUUGCCCGCGAGGACUCGCCAACGCUGCCGCCUGCGCUGAACAACGGCAAUCGAGACGACGUUGCCACGGCGCCGCCGACGGAAGGAGCAAACAACGGCGGCGGCGGCGGCGGCGGCAGUUCUGGUGGUGCCACCGGCAAAGACGAGGCGGAGACACCACCACCGUUGCAGGCGGAUAACUUCGACACCGGCCGGCUGACCGAUACGGUCGGGUGGGAAGGCUCGCCGAAGAGCCGCGGAGGAGUCGGCGACGGCGUUAGCGGCAAGGCCAGGGUCGUGGACCGGGCAAACUUCGACACGGCGCCCUUCUUCGCGUGUGGGGACGGCAAGGCGUCAACGACGGUGUCCAGACCGGGCGGGGCUGGGGCUCGUGGCGGGGCUGGCAUGACCGGCGCCCCCACGGGGCUCUUCGACUCGACCAAGAAGUGGUUCGACAGCGUGGGCAAGUGCGUUGUGGAGGCAGGGGGCCAGCGAGAAGUAGUAGGGGUGGUGGACAACGGCAGCAACGCCCAACUCGGAUCGCCGCUCGAGGGUACAGAGUGAGGGGGGGGUGGGUUGGUAAGCAACAACGAGUUUGGUGUUUUUUGAUGCGCCCCACGGCAUGGAACGCGGGUCCCGUCCUCUUUUCUAACCGUGCUCACUGCUGUCGGUCGGUGGCUUCACGCCACGAGAGGCGUCCGUUCGAUCCGGCGGGUGUCUCAAACCGAAGCCGGCCACCGUAGCCGUGGUGUCCGAUGAGAAAAUCGACACCCGUCAACGCUGGCGUGUGUUUUUUUCGCGUGGGGCGUGUACACGUCGCGGAAACCGGACGUGAUUAUCCCGCGCCCUAUCGUGCGGUAUUUUUGUUUGCGAAAUCAUCAACUUCUAUUUGGUUGUGUUGGAGGUCUACAUCAUACAACAUUGUAGGCGUCUCAUUUGCGGGUUCGAAGUCCCGUCACAGGGGAACAGAAA